CGAAACAUUCGCGACAUGAAAUCUGGAAAGACUGGUGACGAACCCUCCCACCCUCUCUUGUCUUGCGACCAAAACUAGUUUCAAGACGACCGGGCGAAAAUAUUUUUUAUUUCCCUUGAAGGAACGGAUGAUUGAGGCGUCAACUUCCCGACAUUUCAUCCGACAUCUCCCCUCUCUAGACAAAAGUUCGUGGAUCCUCCAAGAGUUUGGGAACUAAAGAUUGAUAGAAAAGCCUCCUUUUUUUUCUGUAGGUGGGAACUUUGAAAACAUGGAUUGGGGGACGGAUCUUUGGGACCAGUAUGAUGGUAUUGAUAAACACACCCAGUCAGGACUGGAUCUGGUGGACCGAUAUGUGAAGUUUGUCAGAGAACGGACCGAGAUAGAACAGAACUACGCCAAGCAACUCAGAAACCUCUCCAAGAAAUACCUUAAACGAGGCAGCAAGGAGGAGCAAGAGUGUGGGUUCACCAAUCACCAGUCAUUCCAGGACAUUGUGAAUGAGCUGAAUGACUAUGCGGGCCAGAGAGAGCUAAUAGCAGAGAACAUGAUGACUGGAAUCUGUGUAGAACUCACCAAAUACCUUCAGGACCUCAAACAAGAACGCAAAACAUACCUGGCCGAUGCCAAAAAAGCUCAACAGAACUUGGAGAUCAGUUUCAAACAGCUGGAAAAUACGAAGAGGCGUUUUGCCAAGGAGUGGGGAGAGGCAGAGAAAGCCACACAGCAAGCGGAGAAAAUUGAGAACGACACAAACGCUGUGAAAGCAGAUGUUGAGAAGGUGAAGCAACAUGCCCAUGUGAAGACACACACAGCGGAGGAGUGCAGGAACGACUACGCCGCCCAGCUCCAGAAAUACAACAAGGAACAGAACACCUUCUACUACACAGAGAUACCGCAGCUGUUUAAUAAGCUGCAGGAUAUGGAUGAGCGUCGUAUCAGCUGCUUGGCAGAGGGCUACAGUCAGUUUGCUGAGGUUGAGAAGAAGGUUUUACCCAUCAUCACUAAAUGUCUGGACGGGAUCAGUAUGGCAGGGGGGAACACCAACGGCAAACAG